CACCGUUUCCAGGCAAUCGCAACACCCGAUCUAGCGGCAAGGGAGCAUGUAGACCUCUCCAAGACCUUAAUACCUUUCCCGGGAGAACAAUCUGCUGUCAAAUCUUGCGCACGCAGCGAGCCUUCAUACAAGAUGGCCGACCCAUUCGAAGUCCGCAUGCGCUUCACCUCACACCUUCAGCAAAUGAACGCAUCCACGAAUUCUGCACUGAAAGCCGCCAAUUACGCCUUGCGAUACGUUGAGUUCAGCGACGAUCUCCACUCGUGUAUCCUCGAGCAGUUGGAACGCAACAAUAUGAACAAUCGGGCCAACAUCAUGUACUUCUUGCCUGCACUCUGCGAUGCUGCGCGUAAUCAAGGGGAGCUGGGCUACAUACGCAUGAUGGAGAGGGAUAUCUUGAGGAUCAUCGAUCUCGUAGCGCCAGAUGAUGGGAGCGGAGCCGCCAACGUCAAAGUGGUGAGGAAGGUCUUGCAGCAAUUGCAACAAAAGACGUUCCUGCAACCUCAAACGGUCAAAGAACUGGACGAGUGUAUUACUGGAAGAGAGAGCAUGCGCGGAAUGCCGCCUUCACCAAGCGCUCGAAGCUCUGCUAAUGGGACGUCACGCGACUCCCUGUCGGCAGGACAUUCCGCGAUCAGGCUGGACAAAAGACAAAUUGAGCAACGUAUUGAAGAAGAUCGUGAGCGACACAAGCGGGCAAGAGAAGGGAUAUGGGCGAUUGCACAAGCACCAGUGACGAAUCUAGGCCAUGACGCCGAGUUUGAGACUCUAUGGUCUGCAGGAAGUGAUGCUGACAGCGACGACCUACAAGUUGCCAAGGAGGAAGCGGAGGAGCGGAGAAGGCAUCUCGAGUUUGAUGAGACUUGA